AAGGAAGGCGAUGUUGAAGCUGGAUUGCAAUUCAGAGUCUGGUGGUUUCAGCAAUCUGUUUGAGGCAGGAACCAGCGUGAACGCACCUGCAGAUGCCUUUGGUCAGUCUCCAGCUCACUUGGCUGCUUGUGGUGGUGAAGCUUUUUUCCUACUUUGGCAACUGCAGACAGGAGCAAAUUUGAACCAACAGGAUUGCCUUGGAGAAGCCCCAAUUCAUAAAGCAGCCAAAGUUGGGAGUUUGGAAUGUCUUGCUCUCCUUGUUGCUGGUGAUGCCAAAAUUGACUUGUGCAACAACAGGGGACAAACAGCGGCAGAUCUCGCACUGGCUUAUGGCUUUCUGGAAUGUGCCAAGUUCCUCACCACAGUUCAGCAUACUCAGACAAUGAAAGUGAGAGGACAGUCUGCCCACUCACUAAGUGACAAAUGUGGCCUGCUGAGAGAGGAUCCACCUGCACAUAAACAAGAAAGUGAAACUAGCAGAGCCAUAAACAGGAAGAGGAGGAGAUCAGAUGGUGUGUAA